AUGAGUGUGGCUCCGGUAAACACUCUACAGGGUUUCUUAACCUUUCAGGAUGUGGCUCCAGAGUUCACACUAGAGGAAUGGGAAAGUCUCAGUUUUUCUCAGCGGGCACUGUACAUGGAUGUGAUUUUGGAGACUUACAACAAUCUAUUGUCUGUGGUAAAUCAUCUGAUAAGUGGAAAACAUGGGAAGGUCUUGGAACAAGACACAGAGUGCAUUGUCCAUGAGCAUGUGAAUAUCCAAGAGAAGUUUUGUAAAUGGGAUAAGAUUAGCAAAAUGACUCUUGAAUCCACCCAAAGUACCCCUUAUAAAACUCAUCUCCGAGAUCCCUCCCUUCAAUCUUCAAACCUGAAAAGACAUAGAGAUGGGAAAAUGAGAGAAGUUUACAAAUAUAACGACUGUGUACAGUUUUCAAAUGAAUAUGCUAUCAUUGGUGUAAUUCCCAAAAUCGACAUAGAGAACAAAGAAUAUAAAAAUACAGAAUUUGAUAACGAUUUUGUCUUUAAACAUAAACUGAUGCUGAAACAAGACAUUAAUGGUAAGAACCUUCACCAAUGUAAUGAAUGUAAGAAAUGCUUUACCAGAAAAGAGAAUCUUCAUUUGCAUCAGAGAAUUCAUACAGGAGAGAAACCUUACAAAUGCAGUGAAUGUGACAAAUGCUUUGGCCACAAACUUAAUCUGAGAAUUCAUCAGAGAAUUCAUGCAGGAGAGAAACCAUACAAAUGCAGUGAAUGUGAUAAAUACUUUGGCCACAAACUUAAUCUGAGAAUUCAUCAGAGAAUUCAUACAGGAGAGAAACCAUACAAAUGUGGCAAAUGUGAAAAAUGCUUUUGCCAAAAAUCCCAUCUUAAUAGUCAUCAGAGAGUUCAUACAGGAGAUAAACCUUACAAAUGCAGUGAAUGUGACAAAAGCUUUGUCCACAAACUUAAUCUGAGAAUUCAUCAGAGAAUUCAUACAGGAGAGAAACCAUACAAAUGUAGCGAAUGUGACAAAUGCUUUAUCCAUCAGGUUCGUCUGAGAAUUCAUCAGAGAAUUCAUACAGGAGAUAAACCUUACAAAUGCAGUGAAUGUGACAAAUGCUUUGGCCAAAAAUCCCAUCUUAGUAGUCAUCAGAGAGUUCAUACAGGAGAGAAACCUUUCAAAUGCAGUGAAUGUGACAAAUGCUUUGGCCAAAAAUCCCAUCUUAGUAGUCAUCAGAGAGUUCAUACAGGAGAAAAACCUUUCAAAUGUAAUCAGUGUGACAAAUACUUUUCCCGAGAAGCCUAUCUUAGUAUUCAUCAGAGAAUUCAUACUGGAGAGAAACCUUACACAUGCAAUGAGUGUGACAAAUGCUUUACUGAAAAAGGCACUCUAAGAAACCAUAUGAAAAUUCAUACCGGAGAGAAACCUUACAAAUGCAGUGAAUGUGACAAAUGCUUUGGCUACAAAGGUAUGAGAAUUCAUGAGAGAAUUCAUUCAGGAGAGAAACCUUACAAGUGCAGUGAAUGUGACAAAAGCUUUACAAAUAGUAACAGUCUUAGAAAGCACCAGACCACUCAUAUAGAUGAGAAAGUUUAG